AUGGCUAGAGGAAACGCCUCUGUUCCUGCUAUGGAAAUGACCAAAUGGUUUGACACCAACUACCACUUCAUCGUGCCCGAAUUAGGACCUGAUGUUAAAUUUUCCUAUGCUUCUCACAAGGCUGUGACUGAAUACAAGGAAGCUAAGUCGGUUGCUAAUUCUGGCUCCCUUGAACUUUCACCGGUUGAUGGAAGGACACUGACGGAUUUCAUGCGUACCAGGGAUGCUGCAUAUUAUUGCAUUUGUAAUGAUGGAUUGGGUGAUACAAUUUACCAGAAGAACAUUGAUUAUGCAUGUGGAGCUGGAGCAGAUUGUACUUCAAUUAUGCAAAAUGGCCCCUGUUUUCAGCCAAAUACUGUCGAGAAUCACUGUAAUUUUGCAGUGAAUAGCUAUUACCAAAGACAUGGUCAGGUUCAGGGGAGCUGUAGCUUCUCAAACACUGCCACUGUAGUUCAAGACCCACCUCCUGCAAUUUCUGAAUGUUUACAUCCAUCUAGCCCCAGAGCCGUCGACAAACCGAUCAUCCAUUUCUCCCUCUCAAUUAAAAUCACUCUUGCAACCGGCUUUGUGGUAAUGGUAAUAAGUGUCCUAAAGCUGUUUCAAAGGUAUAGGAGAAGCACCCGGGUGAAUGAAGGGGAGAGACACCAAGAUGCUGCAAAUCACAAAAAUGGGCAAGGAGAAAUCGAGAAUAACACUGUAGGUUCUGUGUCGAUCACGUUUGAUGUUGAGGUUUGA